AUGGGCAAGCGCGCUCCCGCCGUCCCCGUCUCCGAGACGGAGAAGCUGCUGGCCGAGGAGGUCUUCCAGACCAAGCCGCAGCAGUCCAAGAAGAACAAGCGCAAGGCCAGAGCCAAGGCCAACAAGCAGGAGCAGCAGGGCCCCAAGCUCAAGGCCGCGUGGGUGGACGAUGACGACGACGACGUCGAAGUGAGUCUCGAGGACCACUCGCACCUGCGCAAGCUCCGCAAGACGGAGAACGACGACGUCGUGGACGGCAAGGAGCUGCACCGCCGCCUCAAGAACUUCCGCAAUGGAUCGCUCGGUUCCGUGUCGUGGGCUGACCCGAAGAACUUCUUGGGCGACCGCCAGGCCGACUCGGACGACAGCGACAAUGAGGAGGCCGAGCUCAUCCGCAGCACGGGCAAGAUGCUCGAGGACUCGGGCGAGCUGCUGCCGCAGACGACGCUGGACAUGGUGCGCAUGAAGGACGCCAACCAGCACUCGCCGUCCAAUGCCGUGAUCCAGUCGGUGCAGUUCCACCAGAACGGCCAGCUGCUGCUGACGGCGGGUCUGGACAAGACGCUGCACCUCUUCCAGGUGGACGGCAGCAACAACGCCAACAUCGAGAACGUGUUCGUGAAGGACCUGCCCAUUACGGACGCCAAGUUUACGAUGGGUGGACAGCGCGCGGUGCUGACGGGACCUCGCCAGUACUUCUUCUCGUACGACAUCGAGGCUGGAAAGAUCACCAAGAUCCCUGGACUCUAUGGACGCAAGGAGCGGAAGCGCGAGAAGUUUGUGGUGUCGGACGACGGCGAGACGAUUGUGUUCAUCGGAAGCAACGGCUACAUGGAUGUGGUGUCGGCCAAGUCGUACGAGUCGAUCGGAACGCUCAAGAUGAACGGACACGCCCAGUCGGCCGCGUUCUGCGAGAACGACCGCUACUUGCUCAGCACAGGAUCAGACGGACAGGUUUACAAGUGGGACAUGCGCACCCGGCGGUGCGUGUUCGUGCACGAUGAUGAAGGCAGCUUGGGCAACCACGCCCUGGCUGCUGGCGGCAAGUUCUACGCUGCGGGAUCCAAGAGCGGUGUUGUCAACAUCUACGACAACGAUGGGAUGACUGCCAAGCCCAAGCCGCGCAAGGCGCUGAUGCACCUCACCACCCAGGUUGACCACCUCAAGUUCAACUCCACGUCGGAGAUUCUGGCGAUGGCCUCGUCGGAUAUCAAGGACUCGCUGAAGAUGGUGCACAUGCCGUCGCUCACGGUUUUCGCCAACUGGCCGACGGCACACACGCCGCUGCACUACGUGUCGGCGAUGGACUUCAGUCCGAACAGCGGCUACUUCGCGGUCGGCAAUGCCCGAGGGCGUGUGUUGCUGUACCGACUGACCCACUACAAGUCCACAUAA